AUCUCUGCAGCUACCAUUCUGAGGUGUCCCUGAUCGUCUCAGGAGUGAAGUGACAGGCCUGGCACUCUGCUGCCAUGGAGACCAAACAGGAGCCCUCUGCUGUUUGGAGUCAGGGUGCUAACACUGAUUCGGGCAACCCCACACAGGUGCAUUUUGAAGGUGGCACAGUGGCCCAGAUAGUGUACAGUGGAAAUCAGCCCGACCGGGGACAGCAGCAGGUGGUGUAUACGGCCGAUGGGAACUCCUAUACCUCAGUAGAGUCUGCAGAGCACACACUGGUCUACAUACACCCUGCAGAUGGCACUCAGACUGUGUUUGCUGAUCAGCCACAGGUGGCUUAUAUUCAGCAGGAUGGUACAACUCAACAGGUCACAGUGUUGCUGCCCAGUGGACAGAACAUGAACGCUGCCAAUCUGCAUGUUCUCAGUAAUGUAGCAGAGGCUCCACAAGCCAUCCUGGAGCCAGUUUCUCAGGAGCAGCUGUCAGUGUCUAAUUCACUCACCUCCAUGGCUGACAUCACUGACGCCCCCACCAGUCCCCUCGGGGCCACAGACUCCACAGAUGACUCUGACGAAGAAGAGGAAGAAGACUCAGAGAUGGAUGACUGGGAGCCACGUCCGCCUCAGUCAUUCAACCCUCACAGCCUCUGGUGCGAGGAGUGUAAUAACUCCAACCCCUCUGUGUGUCUGAAGCAUGGGGCCCUUCAUCCCAUCCCCAACCGACCGGUGAUGUCCAAGGCUCGGGCCAGUCUGCCUCUGGUCCUGUACAUCGAUCGCUUCCUGGGAGGGGUGUUCUCCAAGAGACGCAUCCCGAAGCGCACUCAGUUUGGACCUGUGGAGGGACCCCUGGUUCCUCAGGGUGAACUGCAGGAUCACUACAUUCACCUAAAACUGUGCAUGCUGGAUGCAGAGAAAGAUGGAGAGAAGUCUGACGACACCACAUGGUUGGACCUUUCUGAUGAGGAGAGCUGUAACUGGAUGAUGUUUGUGAGGCCUGCACAGAACCACCUGGAGCAGAACCUGGUGGCCUAUCAGUACGGCUCAGAGAUCUUCUACACGACCAUCAAGAACAUCCAACCAAAACAAGAGCUCAAGGUGUGGUAUGCUGCAUCAUAUGCAGAGUUUGUAAAUCAGAAGAUUCAUGAUGUUACAGAAGAAGAGAGAAAAGUGCUGCGGGAGCAAGAGAAGAACUGGCCUUGUUAUGAGUGUAACCGCCGCUUUGUGAGCUCCGAACAACUGCAGCAACAUCUCAACAUGCAUGACGACAAGUUAAACUCUGUUCCAAGAUCCAGAGGCCGAGGUCGAGGAAGAGGCAGGAAGAGAUUUGGAACAGGACGAAGACCAGGACGGCCGCCUAAAUUUAUACGUUUGGAUCCUCCAGUAGAAGCUGGUGGGGACAAAACAACAGAGAUGCUGGAACUGACAGAGAAGCAGCCGCUGGAGGAGCGAGUAGAGGCAGCUCAGAAUGGGAUAAAGGUAGUCGAGCCAGAACCGGAUGCUGGGACUGAGGCAGAGGGUCAGAUUGUACCUGCUGCAGGGGAACCAGUCCCAGAGUCAAUCACACCUCCCUCCAGCAUGGAUCUGCCUGUUCCAUUAAAGGAAGACCCUGCACAGAGCAGCCAAUCAGACGCCCACCUCACAUCUCAGGACAUGCGCCGUGCCAAAAGGAUACGGAACGCAGCGCUACAGCACCUUUUCAUCAGGAAGAGUUUCCGUCCUUUUAAAUGCACCCACUGUGGCAAGGCCUUCCGGGACAAAGAGAAGCUGGAUAUGCACCUGCGCAUCCACGGCAGGGAAGCUUACGCCUUCUCCUGCCACCUUUGCAGCAAGAGUUUCAUGAGUGACUCGGCCCUGGAGGAUCACUUGCUGUUGCACACAGAGAACCGCUCCUACGCGUGUCUCCUAUGCCCAGAAACUUUUGAUAGGCUGGACUUGCUCAAAGACCACGUAGGGGUGCAUGCAGUGGAAGGUUGCUUCACCUGUCCCUCCUGUAAGAAGACUUUUACUGACUUCAUUCAGGUGAAGAAGCAUAUCCGCUGCUUCCAUUCAGAAAAGAUCUUCAAGUGCCCUGACUGUGAAAAGGCUUUCUGCCGGCCUGACAAGCUGCGGUUGCACAUGUUACGACACUCUGAUCGCAAAGACUUCCUGUGCUCAACGUGUGGCAAACAAUUCAAGAGGAAAGAUAAACUGCGGGAGCACAUGCAGCGCAUGCACAAUCCUGACCGAGAGGCCAAGAAGGCCGACCGGGUACACCGCUCCAAAACCCUCAAACUGAAGGUGCCCACCACAGACUUCGAGAGCUUCGUGUUCAAAUGCAGAGUGUGCAUGAUGGGGUUCAGACGCAGAGGAAUGUUGGUUAAUCAUUUGUCCAAGCGUCACCCGGAGAUGCGUAUUGAUGAUGUGCCUGAGCUAACGCUGCCAAUUAUCAAGCCCAACAGGGACUACUUUUGUCAGUAUUGUGACAAGGUGUAUAAGAGUGCCAGUAAAAGGAAAGCUCACAUUCUGAAGAACCAUCCUGGAGCAGAAUUACCUCCCAGCAUCCGUAAGUUGCGUCCAGCUGCUCCCGGUGAGCCAGAUCCCAUGCUGAGCACACAUACCCAGCUGACUGGUACCAUCGCCACCGCACCCGUCUGCUGCCCACACUGCGCCAAACAAUACAGCAGCAAGACUAAGAUGGUGCAGCACAUCAGGAAGAAGCAUCCAGAGUUUGCUCAACUUGCCAACACAAUCCAGGCUCCUCUAACAACAGCUGUAAUCAGCAGCGCUCCUGCAGUCAUCAGUGCAGACGGCACCACAACUGAGGCUGUAGUGACCACAGAUCUGCUGACGCAAGCCAUGACGGAGCUCUCGCAGACGCUGACAACAGACUACCGAACAGCGCAGGGAGACUACCAGAGGAUCCAGUACAUCCCAGUCUCCCAGGCAGGAGGCAGUCUGUCCCAACCGCAGCACAUUCAGCUGCAGGUGGUGCAGGUGGCUCCGGCCUCCUCGCCACAUUCCCAGCACCCGACAGUUGAUGUGAGCCAGCUUCAUGAUCCUCACGGUUACAGCCAGCACUCAAUCCAGGUACAGCACAUCCAGGUCACCGAGCCCUCAGGCACUGGACAAGGUGCCACGCCGGUUACUGGUCAGCCUCUGAGCCCCACGUCUCAACAGGCGAGUCAGGAGCUGAGCCCCGCCCAGCUGACCCCCGUAACUUUGGCUCAGAGCCACACCCUCCAGACCAGCAGCACUCAGCAGCAACAGCAACAGCAACAGCAGCAGCAGCAGCAACAGCAGCAGCAGGGCACUGUGCAGCACGCUUACAUACCUGGGAACUGGAACUACCGAGGCUACUCAUCUGAGAUCCAGAUGAUGGCUCUGCCUCAUGCGCAGUAUGUGAUAGCUGAGGCCAGCACACCUGUGUCUGGAGUCAACAGCAACCAGGUGAAAACGACACAUUAUGUUAUAUCUGAGGGUCAGACCGAGCUGGACACCAAACAGACUGCUCCUCCGAACACAACCCAGGGCCACGCUGAACAUCUGGAACAGCAGCCGGGCAAUCAGCAAGGCACCACGCAGUACAUCAUCACCACAACCACCAACGGCAGCGGUACUAGUGAAGUUCACAUCACAAAACCCUGAGCUGCUCAGUGAUGAUCUCCUGCGAACCUGGUGCAGACCCCACGGACUGAUCCUGCAUGUACUCCUCAGCAGCUUGUACGCACAUAAACGAACAAAAUAUACAGUCAUACGCACAUGGAUACAGACUUGUGUACAUACAGAAUUAUAAAGGGGAUGAAUAGAUGAUCAGCACAGUUUUAUGUGUCUGUAAAGUGUUAAUAUGUUGUAUGGACUGUUGGUUUUUGCAAGCUGCUAGAAGUUUGUGAUAAAAAUAAAUUAAAAACAUUUUGCUGAAACUGGAAGAGGAAUAUUAUAUCAAAUAUAUGUGCAAGUCUGGACAAUCUGGAAAAUGAUGAAGUUGGUUGUUUCAAGCUCUACUGUUUGAGUUGCAAAAGUUGUGUUGGCAAGUUCUUUUACAUAUCUGAGAGUGCCCAUUUUACAUCAAUGUCAAGCUAUGGCAAUGUCUAGCCAAGUACAGUACUUGUAAAUGAAGGUCAGAACUGAGAAAUACAAAAAAAAGUAUAGAAAUCCUGCAGUUGCCUUUCUCAGUUCAAGAGCCCAACACACAACCUGCUCUAUUAUGGGUUACUUUAUUGUUUCCGACACGUGAUUUCAUACUUCGGUUACUGUACUUUUAAGGGCAUCUUUUUUUUUUUUUUUCAUUCACACACUGGUUCAUCUUGACUUCCCCAAAUUUUAGAAUGAUGUGACUUUUUUUUAUCAUAAAAUACGGAAAAGAAACUCAGAAAUCAGUUCCACUUCUCCAUGUUUUGCAUGAAUUUCUUUGGUUUUACAAGGAUUUCACAUGAAUGCAGUUGACCUGAAGCUGAUCAUUUUUCUUUUUUUCUUUUUCACAUAUCUAAAAUGAAAUCAUCACAUAUUGAAUGGCUUUAGAAUACUCAUCAAGGUCCCUUUUGAAACCAGAGAAGCUGCAACCAGCAAAAUUAUGAUAAGCACUUGAACUGAUAAUUUUAUAGAAGCUUAAAGCCAAAUACAGAAUAUCUUUUCCUCACAUCUUUGAAGACAGAUGACAAACAAAAUCCAAAUAUCUGAGUAUUGAAUACAUAAUUAAGUGUGACAGAGAUAUUUGGGGACAGCAUGAUGGGUUUGCAACUGAACAGCUUAGAAGUUUGACAUGAUACCGUGUGUAAGGCUGAUUUGGACUCAUUUCAGUGUAUCAACCUGUGAAAAAAUAGUGCAAGUGCUUUUUUUAGUAAUUUACGGUAAAGUAAUUUGUCAGCACUUUAAA